AUGAAAAUGAUUCCGAUAGGCGACGUUACAGACGAUCCGCGAGUUAGUCUUCUCAGCGCGGUGGUCCAGUCUGCAUUCGAAGACAACUCGGAGAAUCAGAAAUCAAGAAUUCAACAAGAUAACCAAAGAUUGGAGGAAGAAACAUUCAAACAAGAGAUCAUGAAAGUGUCAUCAUUGUCGUCGUCGCAGAAGCUUGGAUGGCCACUACUCCGUCAUCGGACGCAUACAGAAACCUCAAGAGACAUGUCUGUUGUGCAAUGGGUGAUGAACUUGCCAGACCGGUCUUCAUCUCAAUUUGAGGACAAGAGCUCUAAAAAUGUCGACAGUUUCAAUAACUGCAAACGCUUCAAAUUCGAGAUUCUCAACUCUUGCACCUGUCGAUUCUCUGAACAAAAUGUGAUUGGAAUCGGAGGUAGCAAUCGCGUGUAUAGAGGAACUCUCCCUAAUGGAAAGCAAGUUGCUGUCAAAGUUAUGCAGUCAUCAAUGCAAGCCUUCAAAGAUUUCGUUCUUGAAGUCGAAAUAAUGUCCGCGUUGAACCACAUAGACAUUGCUCCUUUACUCGGAAUUUGCAUUGAAAAUGGAUCUUUGAUAUCUGUUUAUGAUUAUUUCCCUCAAGGAACCUUAGACCAAAAUCUCCGCGGUAAGAACAAGGAUGGAUCUACAUUGCCAUGGGAGAUGAGAUUUAAGGUCGCUGUUGGGAUUGCGGAAGCACUGAACUAUCUGCAUAACCAAAUCUCCAAGCCUGUUAUACAUAGAGAUGUCAAAUCUUCCAACAUUCUUCUUUCGUGCGGAUUCGAGCCAAAAUUAUGUGAUUUCGGACUUUCCACGUGGGGACCAACGACUUCAUUGUUUGCGAUACAAAACGACGUAGUAGGAACGUUUGGCUAUCUCGCACCUGAAUAUUUCAUGCAUGGAAAAGUGAGUGACAAGAUAGAUGUAUAUGCCUUUGGUGUUGUCCUACUUGAACUCAUAUCAGGGAGGGAAGCGAUCCACUCGAAAGCAUGCAAAGGACGCCAGAGUUUGGUCUCGUGGGCGAAACCGAUUUUGGAGAGUGGAGAUGUUAAAAGGCUAAUGGAUACAAAGUUGGGAGGGAAGUUUGAUGUAGAACAAAUGAACAGAAUGGUUCUUGCAGCAUCUCUAUGCAUAACACGGUCUGCGCGGCUUCGUCCUACAAUGAAUCAGAUACUAAAAAUCUUGAAAGGAUGCGACGAGAAAGACAAAAACUUGUUUAAAUCUCAGGAGAUCGACCGCUGUCAUUCUGAAGAAAACGUCGACGACGAAGUUUAUCCGAAUUCAAAUGCUGAGUUGCACCUAAACCUUGCAUUACUUGAUAUAGAAGUAUAG